AAGGGGCAACACAGAACAGGAUGAUCCUACAAGUGUUAACUGUAAAUACAGUUUCCCUGCGGAUUGCCUCUAUGUGCGACAAGAGAUGGGCAACAGCGUGAAUAUCAUGGGCAACUCGGUGGAGUUUUAUAUCGGAUUCUAUAUGUGGGCGGUCCUGUCUCCCAUACUGCUCACACUUGGCACUGUCGGCAACAUCAUGACCAUCGUCGUCUGGAGCAGACGGGACAUGCGGUCAUCCCAGGCCACAGUCUACCUCAUUGCUCUGUCGGUGGCGGACAUCCUGGUGCUCAACGCUGGACUUCUUCGACACUUCAUUCGUGAGAUUUGUGGCUUUGAUAUCAGAAAGCUGUCAGAGGCAAGCUGCAAAAUAAACACAAUGCUGGUCUACACAUCGCUAGACGUCUCUGUUUGGAUCCUAGUGGCCUUCACGUUCGAGCGAAUCCUUUCGGUGUACAUGCCUCACAAAGUCAAGAGAUACUGCACCAGGAUGACUUCGCUAUUCGUCAUCGCCAGCAUCGUGGUAGUCUUCGUGGCCCUGAACAGCCACUUCCUUUACGGAACCGGAAAUGUCUACAUCGCCAUUACCGAGAACAUGACCUUGGUGCUCCAAUGUGGCCCUAUGACAGACGAUUACGGGCGGUUCCUUUUCCUCACGUGGCCCUGGAUCGACUUCUGUGUCUUCAGCUUGGUGCCUAUUUUCAUCAUCAGCGUGGGAAACACUUGCAUUGUGGUCCGGGUUUGGACUAGCCGAAGGAAGACUCUGGGUCUGGAUCCCAUGUCCACCACUACCAGCAGCACCAAGUCCACUCAGGAGAAUCAAGCCGAAACCGAGAACAGGCUGCCCAAACGGAACCUAAAGCUCCACAGGUCGUCCUCGAUGACCGCCAUAGUGAUGGUGCUGAACAUCAUGUUCCUGGUCACCACCACACCGGUCAGCCUGUUCUUCAUCGUCAUGCCUACCUGGAAGAGCCACGCAGCCACCGAGCAGGACAUGGCCCAGAUCUACCUGACCUUCGCCGUGGUCAACCUCAUUCAGUACAUCAACAACUCCUGUAACUUCAUCAUGUACUGCAUGGCGGGGUCGAAAUUUAGGCUCGUAUUCCGCGGGAUUUUCCACAGGAAACGGGUCUACCCGAUAGAAGCUUGUCAAGAAUUGAGACAGUACCCGUACGAGAACAGAAACCCAGCAAAACCCAUACUAACUGAGCUCUUACCGCAACGCUUGUCAACGCUCAAGUCUUUGCCAACCAUAUACAUCAAUGAUGUGACUGUAGGUACGUGUCGGAGGUUGACUGAUGGUGAAAUACGUUAAAUUCAAUCCUCAAAAUUCUCUAAAUUUUGUACUGGCUUUAAACCAUCGGUAAUUCCCUGUAUUUCGAUCCCGAUUUAGCACUAUAUUUUUAGAUGAAACUUGCGAUACCUUCCUACCUUCCAUAAGAUUCAAAUUUCAGCCAACUGUCUUGCAAGCAGGAGAUAUGUCCUUUGGAUCAAAGAACACAUUGAUGGUAUGUCUUGCAAAAGAGACAUGUAUUAUGGCUCAAAGAUCACAUUGAUGGUAUGUUUUGCAAAAAGAGACAUGUAUUAUGGCUCAAAGAUCACAUUGAUGGUAUGUUUUGCAAAACGAGACUGAUGUUUUGCAUCUGAGAACAAACUGAUGGUAUGUCCUGCAAGAAGGAGACAUGAUAGCUCAAAGAUCACAUUGAUGGUAUGUUUUACCAAAAGAGACAUGUAUUAUGGCUCAAAGAUCACAUUGAUGGUAUGUUUUGCCAAAAGAGACAUGUAUUAUGGCUCAAAGAUCACAUUGAUGGUAUGUUUUGCAAAACGAGACAGGUGUUUUGAGCCUGAGAACAAACUGAUGGUAUGUCCUGCAAGAAGAAGACAUGAUGUCACCUGAAACAGGUAUAAGUGAUUUGAAUAAACAGUGCUAUUGUUGUGCACACUAUCAUUAAGCAGAAACUCAGAUGUUGUAUUUAACACGAUUUCUAUUUAAAAUAUAUACAGUAGUACUGGAACCAUUGUGCCACGAGACUUUGACUGAUACAUGUUCCCCUGGUAACCAUAGCAUGAAGUCAGUUGACAUUAGUGCCUGUCUAAGCUCGUAUUUUGAUCGUUUUUCUCUUUCAACUUUUCUUUACAAAAUACCAUUUCGUUGAACUUUAUUCUUCCUGUCAUACAGUAGACAUGAAGGAACAGUCUCAAGAAUUUGUUUCUUUUAGAUAUAACUCAGUGAUUCCCAAGCUUUGUCGGUCAUUCAAAUCUCCACACCCCUUUCACGAGCCUCAUCACCGCAAAAAUAUCGUCAAACCCUCACCCCUCCCCAAGAAAGAGCCCCAACCUUUUUUUUUAUGCACACUGUGAAAAGUUUCCAGGGGCCUGAUCGUAUCGUCCUGCGUGUCGGAUUAGGCCCGCGUGUCGUAGGUUGGGCAUCACUGAUGUUACAUAUGUUUCUUGUCCCUGUUGUAAUGCAGGCAUUGAUUUUGUUUCGUUAUAAAUGUAAAUGACCAGAAGUUAAAAUGUCAAUGCUGUCACUGCUGCUGUUUUGUUUUGUUUUUUUCGUUUCUUUAUUUUUUUGUCUCUGCAGACUUUUCCAAGGCAUUAAAAAAAAUGUCGCAUUUCAAAAUGCCUUUUCUAAAACUUUUGAGAGACAGGAGGAGACAACCCUAUCGAUCUCUCGACACUGCUACGUCUAAUUAAUUGUUUCAUGUAAUUCUGUGGAUGCCUCUUGUUUUUACAUGGUUUAUGUCCGUUUUCAAGGAACGACACUGUCAUUGUGUCAAUGUAAACGAUACGCUGCUAAAAAUAUGCUUCAGUGACGUCAACGCAGGUAUCCUAGCAACAGACGCUGUGAAUGCUUUUGUAAAUUUUUCAACUGUUCUGUUAUGAGAGUAGGUUAUUUCUACGUUCAAUAUUACACCCUCUAAAGCUCAAGUUAGUGAAAGAUGCAUUCAAUACUGAGCCCUAUCUUCAUUCAGUCAGCGCAAUGUCUUCAUGUCGUAGUUCAAUUUUUAAAAAAGGAUAAUGUUUUGUCCUUGAAGGCCAAAGUCUGUAGUCAUCCGAGUUGUGCCCUGCAGAAAGUGAUGAGCUAGGAUGACCUCAUCAUUUUAAAAAAUGAACGUCGGAAACUUAAGGAAACAAAUCAAAGCAGAAGAAUGAGUGGGUCACGUGGUGUACGCUCCAAGGUCUCAAGAGAUGUGUAAACAGGAAGUUUACUUACACAUUGGUUUAAGAACAAUCCAAUUUUAAAACAGAAGAUUGGACAAUCAAAAGGUGUUAAUUAGAAAUGAAAAGCUUUUACUUUAUCUUCUGUUUGAGAUGGUUCUGUUUGAAAACCUAUAAACCGGGAAGACAAACUAAGACCUUAGUAAAUAAAUGUUAAGAUUCAUGUUCAAUACUUUUGUGAAUCUAACAUUGAAAUUGAAUUAUACUUUGUGUAUAUUUGUGUUCAUACUGUUUAUUUCAAUCUUGUCCUGAUUUCUACUGGAGAAUGAACUAGUUUGUAAAGAGGAUGUCUGUGAUGGCUUCAUCUAAAUAAAAAUCUCCUACAGACUUCCAACUUUGGGUCAUCAGAUUCAACUUCUGAAAAUAUCAAAACAUAUUAACUAGUUCCAGCUUUACAGACGGACA